AUGUGCUCUCUCAGCGCAGCCAAUGCCAGGUUCUGUCUUGACUUUUUCAGAGAGCUGAACAAAAGAAAAAGAAAUGAAAACAUCUUCUUCUCCCCACUAAGCCUGUCAGCUGCCUUUGGAAUGGUUGUCCUUGGAGCCAGGGGCAGCACACUCGAGCAGAUUGAGAAGUGUGAAGAAGAUGAAGGAGUCCAUUCCCAGUUCCAGGCUCUGUUGGCUGAAGUCAGUGAACCUGGACCAGGCUGUUGUCUCACCAUUGCCAACAGGCUCUUUGGAGAAAUUACUUACCCAUUCUUCCAGCGGUACUUGGAUUCCACAAAAAAAUUCUAUCGAGCAGAACUGGAACCAGUAAAUUUUAAAUACACUGAAGAAGAAGUCAGAGACAAAAUUAACUUCUGGGUUGAAAAUGAGACAAAAGGUAAAAUCAAAGACCUAUUUGCUUCUGGUUUUAUUGAUCCCUCUACUGUACUCGUCCUGGUCAAUGCUAUAUAUUUCAAAGGAAAGUGGGCAGUAGAAUUUAAGAAAGAAGACACUAAGGAAAUGUAUUUCCACCUGAACAAGAAUGAGAGAAGGAAAGUGCAGAUGAUGUUUCAAGAAGGAAAUUUUAACAUGACCAUCAUAGAGGAACUGAAAACAAAAAUCAUAGAGCUCCAGUACUUCGAUAAUGAAAUGAGCAUGUUCAUUCUUCUUCCUGAAGAUGACUGUGAGGACUUUACUGGCCUAGAACAGCUUGAAUGUGCCCUCACCUACGAAAAACUAUCAGAAUGGACCAGCUUGGCUACGAUGCAACCAGUGAGAGUAAAGGUGUACCUGCCCCAGUUCAAGAUGGAGGAAAGUUAUGUUCUCAACAGCACUCUUCAGGAGAUGGGAGUAAUGAAUGUUUUUGAGUGGGGAAAAGCUGAUUUGUCAGGAAUCUCUAUGAAAGAUGGCUUGGUUGUGUCCAAGGCCAUCCAGAAGACAAUUGUGGAAGUGACUGAAGAGGGCACCGAAGCUGGUUGUUCCAUGGGACUUCUUGCAAUGCCUCUGUGUUGCCCAGAGACUUAUGAGUUCAAAGCUGACCGUCCUUUCCUCUUCUUCAUCAGACACAACCAAACCAACACCAUUCUCUUCUUUGGAAGAUAUUCUUCUCCUUAA